ACACGAAAAAUGCCCCUGACUGCCAGUGCCAUGGACUUUUUUCAGCUCUUUGUCCCUGACAAUGUACUAAAGAAUAUGGUGGUCCAAACCAACAUGUAUGCCAAGAAAUACCAGGAGAGGUUUGGUAGUGACGAUGCCUGGAUUGACGUCACCUUGGCAGAAAUGAAGGCCUUCUUAGGCUACAUGAUAUCAACCAGCAUCCACCACUGUGAGUCUGUUCUCAGCAUCUGGAGCAGUGGCUUCUACAGCAACAAGAGCAUUGCACUUAUCAUGACACAAUCAAGGUUUGAGAAGAUUCUGAAGUACUUCCACAUUGUGGCCUUCCGCUCCAGCCAGACAACACAUAGCCUCUACAAAAUCCAGCCUUUUCUGGACUCGCUGCAGAAUGGCUUUGACUCUGCUUUCAGACCUUCACAAGCCCAGGUACUACAUGAGCCCCUGAUAGAUGAGGAUCCUGUUUUCAUUGCUACCUGUACAGAGAGGGAGCUGCGCAAGAGGAAAAAGAGGAAAUUCAGUCUUUGGGUUCGGCAGUGCUCAUCUACUGGUUUUAUCUGCCAGAUUUAUGUCCAUCUCAAAGAAGGGAGUGGUGCUGAUGGGUUGGAUGCUUUGAAGAACAAACCACAGCUUCACAGUAUGGUGGCCAAAAGCCUUUGUCAAAACGCCUCUGGGAAGAACUACAUCAUCUUCACAGGCCCAAGCAUUACCAGCCUGAAUCUCUUUGAAGAAUUUGAGAAGCAAGAGAUUUACUGCUGUGGGUUGCUGAGCACCAGGAAGAGUGACUGCACAGGCCUACCUCCAUCCAUGCUGAACAAUUCUGCAACUCCACAGUCCAGAGGACAGUACAGAAUAAGAAUGAAGGGAAACAUGUCAUUGAUUUGCUGGUACAAUAAAGGGCACUUUCGUUUUCUGACCAACGCCUAUUCUCCAGUUCAACAAGGAGUUAUAAUUAAGAGAAAAAGCGGAGAAAUUCCAUGCCCACUGGCAGUUGAAGCCUUUGCUGCUCACCUUAGCUACAUCUGCAAAUAUGAUGAUAAAUACAGCAAGUAUUUCAUUUCUCACAAACCAAACAAGACCUGGCAACAAGUGUUCUGGUUUGCCAUCAGCAUCGCUAUAAAUAACGCCUACAUCCUCUACAAAAUGUCAGAGGCCUACCAUGUGACAAGGUACAGCCGUGCACAAUUUGGUGAGAGACUUGUAAAGGAGCUUCUGGGCUUGGAGGACACCUCACCCACCCAUUGAUGCUUUGCUCUUGGUGGCGUAGGCAGGGGCUGGAGGGAAAGCAGAAGAUACCACACCUGGAGCGGCAAAGCAAGGAACUUGUGACACCACCAGUGCUGUCAUCCAAAAAUGCCAAGUGACGCCACUAGAGAGGCGCAAACUUUGUUCCUAGUAUCAGCUGGAUGUAAACAUGUCAUGCAGAAGGUGCCACUGGAAAAGCUGACACAAAAUUGCAUAUGUGAAUGCCCUGUGGGAAUCUGUACACCCAAAACAGACUUAAAUUAGCCAUCAUCUCAAUGCUAUUUGUUGAACGGGGUCAUCUUGUAAAGUUCCUCUUGGGCCAAGAGCUUGUCAGAAGCUGGCACAGCUCAGCAGUCCUAGAUGGGUAUUGCAGGAAACUCUACAGCUUCCUUGGAGUUAUUAAAUUCCGGGACAAGCCCAGUGAGGCUGCGCCGCGGGCUGUGGCUGAGCGCCCCUGCCAUCCUGCACGGUGUCACUGCUGUGUCACUCCUGCACAGGAGCACUGCAGCAGGCUUCCUGACAAACACCGCCUUCACAGGCAGGCAGCCAGGAACCGAGGACCAGUCAUCAUUUUUUCUUUAUGUGGUUUUUUGCUUUUCCCCUUUGUUUUUAUUAAUGUAAUGUAAGACAAUUUGAUCCCGGUUAGAAUGUAGGAAAAUUAGGAAAUUAGGAGGAACAAAGUACAUUAGUGAAUUUAAAAUGGCAAAUACAUUACACUGAUUUCUUUUGUAACCAGGAUGAAACAUUUUAUACACAAACAGUGAUUAAUACUAUAAGUAUUAACAGUGAGUAAACCAGUAAGUAAUACUGCCUCACAUCUUAACUGCCACGGUCAGUGUACAGGUGAGAAAUCAAAAUAUAUCAACUAUAUUUUUCUUGAUUUCAACUGUAUCUUAAAUGUUGCUUAAAAAGCUAAUGUAAAGGACUGUUAAAGUUUUAAGAACAAUAA